GAUAUUUAUAGUUUUGGUAUAAUUAUGUAUGAAGUAAUUUCUGGAUUACCUCCUUAUCAUGAUGUAAGCCAUGAUGAAAAUUUAGCGAUAAAAAUUUGUCAAGGACUUAGGCCAAGGUUCAAUUUUAAGGUCCCUAAAUCAUUUGUGAAUUUGAUUAAAAAAUGUUUAGAUGCAAAUUCAUUAAAUCGACCAACGGCAGAAGAAAUUAUAGAAAUUUUGGAUAAAUGGAAUGAUGAACUUACUAAUAAUCAAUCAGAAUUAAACAGUGAAAUCAGAGAAGCAGAAGAAAUCAACAACAAUAAUUUAUCAACUGGAAAUACACUUUUAACUGAUUUAUCAUAUGAAACACAUCCUGAAGCUACUUAUACAAGUAGAUUGCUUAAUUUUAAUAAUCUUCCUGAACCAGUAAAUUAUGAUGAUUAUUAUGAUGAACAAGAUGAUAAGAUUACGAGCGUGAGAUUAUCAGAUUCUUUACAGAUUGAUACUACUAAAUUAAAAAAUUAGUUAUGGUGGAUCUUAGUGUUAAAAAAUGACUUUAUUUAUUAAUUUUGUAUUUUCUUUAAUAGAUUGUUUACAGAUUGAUAUACAUUAUUUAAAAUUAAUGAUGGCGG